AAAAAAGGCUUGGGGAAAAAGGAGAUUGGAUGAGGUACAGGCUGUGGUUGACCAUUAGGGGGCCUCGGCUCCUUGCUGUGUCGUCUUCAGUCUCCUCCCCCAGAGUGUGGGAGUAAGAGUAAGUCUUCCCCUUCUGCACUAGUGAAGCUGUGCAGUGGGCGGCAGCUCUCCCAUGAGGACAAACAGAGAUAGGCUGCUUAAGACACUCCCCUGGCUGGGAGUGGUGCAGCCAGACCUUAGCCCCACCCACUAGGCUGUGGAGGAGGAGUGACACGGCAGUGCCAAAGCUGAUCCCUUCAAUCUUCCCCACAGUGUGGAGCAGCCGGCAGCGCGCACACACACUCACACACUCUCACACAGCCACACACACUCACACUCACUCUCGCACACACACUCGCGCGCAACAAAGCAGGCAGACGAGGGAGGCGGGUAAUAAAGAAAAGAACAUCACAGAGGAAAAACAGUGGUGCUGCACUUGGAGUUUUCGGAUACUGCAGUCUGCCUGGAGUUUGUGCCGUUUCCUGUGUGCCUCGUAACCUCACGGCUAACGUCUGGUCCUUCCUCCAGAGGGUUUGAGUCCCGUCAGCUGUGCGCACAGAGAUCCAAAUCCAACCACUGUCUACAUUGCCGCUUUGUGCAUCCGCCAGACGGGAACAAAGUGUGCGACUGGGAUAUCUGACAAGCUCCUCUGGGAACCGACGCUGCACCGACUGUCAGAGAGAGAGUGAGAGAGAGAGAGAGUGAGUGAGAAAGAGCAAGAUAGAUAGAAAGAGGGCAGUCAAGGCAUGAGCAGGAGACUAGAAGCCGGUUUUCCAGAGAAGUGAUCGCCACAGUGCCCCCUCCUCUUCCCUCACCUCCUUCCUUCCUUUUUCUCCUCUCUCCUGUGCCGCUGCUCUUUUUUCUUCACGCACACCUCCGCUGCUAUCCCAUCCUCGUACCUCCGCUGUCCUUCCAUCACCUCCUCCUCCCCUGCUCCCGAAGACGCGUGAAGAGGAGAAGCACGGCGCACACACGCUCGCUCGUGUCUGUAUCAUCUCAUUCUCUCUCUCCAUCCUUCCUCUGGCUCCGUUCCUCACACGGAUCUAGCCUCUAGCUGCGGAACCACAAGCGGAGGCUUUUUGAGUUGUUGGAUCCCACACGCGAGUCUCUGUAUCCAGCCACAGCCAGAAGGAUUCCAGCUACAUGGGCAAACGUUUGGAACAGCAACCAAUGUACCCCCAGUACACUUACUAUUACCCUCACUACCUUCAGACUAAGCAGUCAUAUGCCCCGCCCCCUCCUCCCAUGGCUCCGCCCAGCCCCAGCACCAAUAGCAGCAGCCACAGUGCAGCGGAGCAGCUCAGUAAAACCAACCUGUACAUCCGGGGCCUUCCGCCUGGCACCACCGACCAGGACCUCAUCAAACUCUGCCAACCGUAUGGAAAAAUAGUGUCAACAAAGGCAAUCCUGGACAAAAACACCAACCAGUGCAAAGGAUAUGGCUUUGUGGAUUUCGACAGUCCGGCAGCGGCACAGAAAGCUGUAGCGUCCCUGAAGGCCAGUGGCGUGCAGGCACAGAUGGCAAAGCAACAAGAGCAGGACCCCACUAACUUGUACAUCUCGAACCUCCCGGUUUCAAUGGAUGAACAAGAGUUGGAGAACAUGCUGAAGCCUUUCGGACAUGUCAUCUCCACACGGAUACUCCGAGAUGCCAACGGGGUCAGUCGAGGGGUCGGUUUCGCCAGAAUGGAGUCCACUGAGAAAUGUGAUGUGGUGAUUCAACAUUUCAACGGAAAGUUCCUCAAAACCCCACCAGGAGUACCAGCCCCGACAGAGCCGCUGCUUUGCAAGUUUGCAGAUGGAGGACAGAAGAAGAGGCAGAGUCAGAGCAAGUACCCUCAAAAUGGCCGACCGUGGCCCCGGGAAGGAGAGAGUGGCAUGGCGCUGACCUAUGACCCCACUGCGAUGCAGAACGGGUUUUACUCCUCACCAUACAGCAUCUCCACAAACCGCAUGAUCGCUCAAACGUCAAUCACUCCAUUCAUCGCAGCCUCUCCUGUCUCCACAUAUCAGGUCCAGAGUACGUCCUGGAUGCCUCACCAACAGUACGUUAUGCAACCUACGGGUGCUGUGAUAACGCCAGCCAUGGACCACACCAUCUCCAUGCAGCCCGCUAACAUGAUGGGACCCCUAACCCAGCAGAUGAACCACAUGUCCCUGGGUACCACUGGCACUUACAUGACUGCGGCUGCUGCUCCUAUGCAGGGGACCUACAUUCCCCAGUACACUGCGGUGCCUGCCUCAGCUGUCUCAGUGGAGGGAGUGGUGACGGAGGCUUCUCCACAGAGUGUUCCACCCUCGUCGCAGGACGCUAGCGGACAGCAACAGCCUCUGGGCGUGGACAACACCAGCGAUCACGCGCCCACCUACUCUUUUCAGCCCGCUAAAUAACCAGAGGAGAAGUGGGGCGUUGAGGUGACUGCGUUGCCUUGAGACUGGGGGACUGCAACGAGGGAACAUUGAAGACAGAGCGCAAGAGAUAGGAAAACACGUUUGUGUCUACUUUUGCACAAGCAUCUUAAAAAAAAAAAAAACAACAAACAAUUUAUUUAACACCUGGCCCACACCGGAGGACCUUUGGAGAACUCAGAACCAGACAGGAAACGAGAGAAAUGCAGUCUGGGAGAUCGAGCCUACUGUUAAUCGGCUACCCGAAAAACUUUACCUUCAUGAAGUGAACGAAUUCAAACAAGUACAAGUUUUCCUAUUCUUUUUUUGAAUGUGCAGGUAGGUUUUCAGAAACAGUGGGUUUUUCUAUUAGACGAGGAAGCACGUUCUUGUAAAACAAUGAGAGAAGGAGCAAAAGAAGUCUUCCUCGGAUUCUAAGCUACUAUUACUUUUCUUUUUUUAUGAGUUAGAUUUUAGUUUUCUAGAGAAGAUUAAUGUUUUUUCAUCUUUGUUGCCUUAAUUUCGAGAAACAUCUAAGACUUUUUCCUGUUUGAACUGAACAGACUGACGAAUGCAGUGAAAAUGACCUGACAGAGAAAGGAAAAUUACCUGUAUAAAGCAUAGAAAGAAAGAGAGAGGUCUCCUUGAGACGUUUUAAAUUAUCAGUGGUGACUAUGUGUUUAAAAGAGAGGACAGACAAAAAAAAUAUUGUGGUCAUGAUGAUGAUGAUGAUUAAACAGAGUUGCAUUUUUUUAGAAACAGAGGAAAAAAAUGUUAAUCCACUGCAUCAUGGGAAAUGCAGUUUAUUGUGUAGUGCAGAUCAUUUUUAAUGGCAUUAUUGUUUUUAUCUGCAAUAUUUUUUAUGAGCUUUAAGGUGUUUUUAGCCUGCUUUGCUUGUUUCAUUGCGGAAAAAAGAAAACGAAAACAGUCAAAAAAAUGGCAGCGCAAAUCUACAUAGAUAAAAGCUUAUGGAUUAAAUCAAAAUGAAAAAAAAGCAAAUGUGUGCAAAAAGCAAUAGUAAUAGGAAAUUGUUGACAAUUUCUUUAGUCUUUCUUAGCUGUGGAUCAAAUGCAGCCCAUGGAUGGCAUAUUUUAUACCAAAGAUGAAGAAACCCCCCCUCAAGACAGUGGAGUGGAUCAAUUUUUUAGUUUCUUUUUUUCUAUUUGAGAUGUUUUGGCAUAUUAAUUUUGUUUCAGAAGUAUCCGUUUGACCUUGACGGCCAAAUUGGUAGUUUAGGGUUUAAACUUCCUUCCACUGUUGCAGAAUCUAUGUCAAUCGUUCAGUUGAGAGGCAGAAAACCACCAUCACUGAUUCUCAUGAGUGUGAUCUCCCCACCAGAGGGCGUCAGAGAGCGGCUGAACCAUCAAUCAUCUCGCGUCUGCCCGGCUGAAUGAACUAUACCUCUAUCGCUGCACCUCCCGGUCGACGACCGAUGGGUUGGUCGCCAUUAAACACGUCGCACGUCCGUUCAGUUCGAGCUUUCUCACAAAGAAGGCAGUUUUCAUCAUUUCAACUUAACAGGAAGGUAUCAAAGCACUCACUAGUGUAUAUUUAAACUCUGUGUACAGAUCACUACCUCAUUGAAAGCAAUUUUACCAUGAGGAAACACAGGAGAAUGUGUUGCAGGUCAUAAAACACAAGCUUUGCUUCAGGGGCACUGAGAAACAUUUGCAGUUAGCAGCGUUAGCAUGACACGUUGUUCUGAGCACCUCCGUCUUUCUCCGUAGAUGUAUUUGCGAUCGAAACGCCUCAUAUUAUAUGCAAAGUUUCUUUAAUCAACCAGAUGCCAUAGGAAAUCUCUCGUGAAAAUAACACUCUUUACUUGAAAAACAAAGGCUCUGUCCCAAAGCCCUUGCGGUUGCUUUAAAGUCCAUAUUUUGGUGACGUAAUGCAGUUAGUAAUACGUAGUAGUAACCCUUAAAUGUCAAAUUGCAAGAUAGCGAAUACACAUCCAGUUAGUUAUUUGGGACAGGGCCUAAGGUGCCCAUCAUCAUGGGAUUCGGCGGUUGCUCAGGUGCCUUGACAGCUCGGAAUUAGACAUCUCGACUUUCCAUAUCUGAAAUCUGCUUUCAUUUUAUCAGGCUGCCCAUUCCAGAGGGGGGAAACUAGCUAACAGAAGAGUAGAAAGGGGUAACAUCUCAUAUAUUAAUAUAAAAAACAAGGCUGCUGUCCUUUAUUUACCAUGAAGUAGAUGUUUUUUUGAUGCGGUCUGAUAGUAUAGAACUCUAUAGAGCACUACAGUGAUGAUGCAUUUUUGUAGGCCAACCCGGAAGUUAGCGUUACCCUUGUUUCUAUGACAAAAAAAAAAUAGUAUUUUUCCAUUGGCUUUCCAUUGGCCAACAAAAGUCUUACACAUUUUGUUCAUCAUGAUAAUCUUCACAAAUGAACACAACUUUUAUAAAUUCCGAAGCGUAAAUACAAUCGCAACGAGUAAAAAGCUAAAUGUACUGUAGGCUAUAAACAAAUGACACCACAGUCACUUUACUUAAACAUCACCACCAUUAAACUUUUGACAACAAUUUCAGUCUUUAUUUAAAAAUAACAUUUUCCCUUAAAGUUUAAGUUAUAAUAGUUUGCAAUAGCCAAAUUAUAAACACAAUGUGGGUGUAAAAGCGGUCCCAUUUAGACACUUGUUAGCAACUGCAGUUUGGAAGACAAGUAGAAGCUGCUGCUUCUUUUUUAAAUCACAAAAGGGGUCUUAGUGAUAUAUUUUAAGUAGUAGAAUAAAAUGAGAAAAAAAAUAUAUUAAGCUUGACCCAUUCAUAAAACUGGUUGAACCGGAAGUGCUAAAAUGCUAACUCGUUUCUGGGUUUUUGGCCUACAAAAAUACAUCAUCCCUGGUGAAUCAUGGACUGUCUUUGCUGCCUUCAUGGUCGUACGGCUCAUAAAUACACCACCUAGUUUUACAGUCGGGUAAUUAGAGUUGUCGAGGUGCUCUGGGAAUAAAUUCACCUGUCAUUGAAGGGCCAACAAGAGUCAUCAAGAUCAUUUUGAUUUCUUCAUGUGUUCUUUUGAACGUCAUCAUGAACUCUGGUCUUUUAUUCCUAUAACAUGACCUCUAUACAACUACAUAAUAAUCUCAAUUAGCCACUAGGGGACAGUAUUAAAGCAGAGUUGGUGUACUUUAUCCUCUGUGAUGACCAUUGCAGUGAGCUAUGAGACAAGUUCACACUGUGGAUUAAACCCAUGCCAAGUUCACAAUGACCAAGUCAGCACUGCUUCGACAAGCUUUUCAUUUUUCACCUGUUUAAUCAAAAAAAGAAAAAAAAAAGGAAAAAAAAGUCACUGUGUUUUGUGUCAUCCACUGUCUUCUUGGAGAGUUCUUUUUAUCAUGUGCUCGCUGCUAUCAAGCAUUCAGUAUUUAAGGGGUCAGGGCCUUGGGGAUAGAGAGAAAACUCGGGCUGGUGUCUCAUAUGAGAGGUGUGUGAUGUCGUUGAAUGCGUUAUACACUCUGCAGCCUUCAUGCUUUUCAUUAAAGAGUGAAUAAAUGUGUCGGGUUAAGCUGAAGGUUUUGCUAACUGUAGGAUGGAGUUCUCAUCCCAACUGUAAUUUAGUAAGCUAAACACCUUCUAUCCACUCGAAGGUUUUCGCUGGCUCCUAUUCAUUGGAUGUGAGGUCCAAGCCAUGCAUUUUUUUUAUCUGUACAUCUGAUUGGCUGUCACGGUUGAGGUCAUUGAAUGACAAAUGUUCGUUCGUUCGUUGGACUGUCACGAAACAGCGUACUACAUUCAACCAAAUUCAACACAAACGGCAAAACCUCAAUUAGACACUAACGUACUGACAGAUGAAAUAGAGAAAUAUUUAUGGAAAUGUUUUUUUUUUUUGUACAGGUGUUGAAAUAUGAAAGCGGAACAGUUUUACGAUGCUAUGAUGAUUUUUUGAGUUGCUUCACUUUCUUGCCUCCCAUGUGCUCGAGCUGUGAUCCUGAGAGUGUCUGUAGACCAGUGGAUGUUAGGUUUAAACUUCUGUUUAUUUUGUUUUCUUUUGAUGAAGCUUUCAAUAAAAAAAUCUACAAAAUCACGCCAA